UUGAAAUACAGUGUUGCUCUUAAUAAUUGCUGAAAGAAAUUUUAUGGUUUCAAACUGGGAAACACAACGUUGGAAAAUAUAAUAUGGACUCCAGAAACACGGCCUUUUCUUCAGAAGCUUCAAAUGACAGUUUAUUGAAAGGGGCAACACAACCGCCUCCCUCUCUGAGCCUGCGUCAGGGUGGUCUUUGGCGAUGGUCCUGCUUACGAUUGUGACCAUUGCGUUGACGAUCGUGGGCAACGUGCUGGUGAUCCUGAGCGUGUUCACGCACAAGCCUCUUCGCAUCGUGCAGAACUUCUUCAUCGUGUCGCUGGCGGUGGCCGACCUGACGGUGGCCGUGUUGGUGCUGCCGCUGAACGUGGCGUACUCGCUGCUCGGCCGCUGGCACCUCGGCAUCACCGUCUGCAAGAUGUGGCUGACGUCAGACGUGCUGUGCUGCACGGCCAGCAUCCUCAACCUGUGCGCCAUCGCCCUUGACCGCUACUGGGCCAUCACCGACCCCAUCAACUACGCACACAAGCGCACCCUGAAGCGCGUCCUCCUCAUGAUCGCCGCCGUCUGGCUCGUCUCGCUCGUCAUCAGCUCGCCGCCGCUCGCUGGCUGGAAUGACUGGCCUGACCACUUCACCCUGGACACACCAUGCCAGUUGACCUCUGAGCGAGGCUACAUCGUUUACUCCGCCCUAGGCUCCUUUUUCAUCCCCCUUUUGCUCAUGAUUGUUGUUUAUUUUAAGAUUUUCGCCGCCAUGAAACAGCGGCGCCAAAAGCGCAAGCUUUCAACAUCCUCGGAGCCUUCGACGAUUUCCUCGCAGCCGGAUCCUAGUUUGAACGACCAGGCCUCUGCUAACCAGAAAUACGAAGGCAACAACACCCUCAGGAGGACCAGCAAAAUGAAUGGAACCUUGGAACGGCAGAGCUCCCAAGGAAAAAUCUCUUUAAUCAGAGAGCGGCGCGCGGCGCGCAUUCUGGGCAUCGUCAUGUGCGCCUUCGUUGUCUGCUGGCUGCCCUUCUUUGUCAUGUACGUCCUGAGGGCAUUCUGUGAAAGGUGCGAACCAAACGCGGACCUUGACAAAUUCAUCACCUGGCUAGGAUACUUCAAUUCGGCCAUCAACCCUUUUAUUUAUACCAUUUUUAAUAAUGACUUUCGACGAGCAUUCAAUAAAAUUUUGUGUUGUAAGUUUUCAUAAUUAUUUUGAAUCAAAAUAAGUUUUCUUACAAUAAACCUUUUUAAUCCACCAUCAAAAUAUCUGAUGUGUAAUUUUCUGAAUUAUAUUUUUUUUCCAAAUUAUUAAAAUGUAUAUUGCUCUUGCUAAAAAUGCUUUUUGAAAAAAUAAUAAUGAAUCAUUGGAAAAACUGGUAAAAUCAGUAGUAAGAAUUCUGUUAGAAAAUUUAAAUUUGUUUAAUUAAAAUUUUUGCGAUGUAUAGCAGCACUGAUCUUUUUUGCACGUUGGUUAUCCAAUCGAUAUCCACUUGGACAGCUUUUUGAUAAAAAAAAAAAAAAAAACCAGUGCGUCGUCAGAGCGGUGUGUCUCUCUGUUAGUCCGUAGAUUUCAUUUCCUGAUUACUCUCUGCGGCGGCAAAUCAUUUCCUUUGCGUCAAUGACAAUCGCGAUAAAAGCAAGCUUUUGAAGAUUGCUUUGCUCUGGUAAUGGUCGCCUGGAAAAAUUCCUCCUUAAAAAUAGAUGCUGGUAUUGAAACAAAAUUCAGGAAAAUAAAACGCUCUCGUUGCAAUUAUGACAAUAUAUGAUUGUAAUAUGAUUUGCACUCAGAGUCAAAGUUACUUGGAAAGUUUCAUUCUUUUGAUCUCACAAUUUUAAUUAAGUGGCUUUGAACGUUAACAUGAUAAUAUAAAUUUUGCAUCAAAACAUGGAGACUUGCGAAGCACUGCCGGUGACAUUUAAUUAAAUUGUCAAAGUUUCGCGCACAACCUUUUGUUACUGUCGCUGCUGCUAAGAAAGAUUUAACAAAAGGUGUGAUUCAAUUACUCAAGCAGCCUUAAUUUAAUAAUUGUUUAUUGCUCCGUGACUAGCGGUGCGGCCGGGUUGAUCGAGUUUCGCAAGAGCUGCAAAGGCCUAAGGCCAAACACCGCAUCCGCCCAUCAUAAUCAAAAGACUUGGCUGCUUCUUUCGGAAAAUAUUAAGUUGGCACUGAUGACGAGGGUCUGCGUCUGGCUUAAAGUUUCUGACGUUCGAAAUCAAUCAUUUUCAUUACUGCAGGGCUUCUCAAAGGUUGAUUCAAACUUUGAUUACCCCAUAUCACAUUAAAUUUGGCUUCUUGCAAAAGUCAAUAAUCCAGAAUUCAGCGAGUAAAGUAAAUUUUCGUGCAUUUAUCGUUCUGUAGCAAUAUUUUAUUGAUUUAUAAAAUACGAAGUGCGGAGAUAAAAUAUCUUCCAUUUAUCAAGAAGUCACGCAGGUGAAAACUUUUUGACCUUUCGCUCGGCUGCCUACCUGGAAGCGAGAAAAACCAAAUCAACCCUUUUGUCGGUGGUUCAAAAGGAGCAUUGGCAAAGAAAUCCAUCCAUCACGUCUUCGUUACCGCCUUUUGUGCCCCUUUUCAGCAGACCCUUGUGCACUAUAUUGUAUUCAGUACGCGCGCAGAAACGCUUUCGCUCUGGUCAACUCGUUUCGCUGCUGGCGAUAAUGAGAUAUAUUGUUGGACGAGGCUGCAACGAAUAUGUGUGAGAAAUCAAACGAGAGAGAUUGCUCCGAAUUUCGCCCUCGACGAGUUUAAUUAUCUCUCGAGACGAUAUCAGAAAAAGGAAGCAAGACUACUUUUGCGCGCAUCCUCUCUUCUCAAUGUAAUUAACACCUUUUUUGCUUGAUUAAUGACUCGCUGGGGCAAGUGCCGGGACAUUCUUCCGAGCUUUCCUCUCGAGGGCCGCUUUACACAGACCCUUUUAUAUAUUGCAGAAUUAUGUAUACAUAGUUUAUAUUUCUCUCAAGGAGCAAGAUGCAAAGUUGAUGAAGCGCGCGAGGGUCGCCUCUUUUACUCUUUCAUCUCUCGCAGCAAAGGGAUUAUCUAAAAUAUGAGAAACGGGAGUUAAAACACGGCGAUUUAAUCAAGUUGUGAUGCAGCAGAAAACUUGACUCCUCGCCCGGUGUCCUUUGCCGCGUUAUUACAAAAGUUUCCGCAUUAUAUCCGGACGAUUUAAUUUCGCCCUUUUUCAGGCACAAAAUUUCCAAAUAUAUGAGACCAGCAAAAGUGGAAAUUAAUUACAUCUUGAGGAGGAAGAAAGUAAACUAAGUCCUGUUGAGGGACAAUUAAACUUUAAUAUCUUGCUCUAUUCAACAACAAUAAACACAUUUAUCUUUGUCUCGAACAAAAAAAAUAUGUUCAAUUCAACAACAAUGAGUCAAAAUUUCAUUUCCUGUAUGUACACGUUCAUCUGCCAACGCGUUCCAAUGAGGCUCAGAGAUUUGGAGCACGUUGGCAGCUACAGCGAGAGCCUUUUAUGUUUUGAGCACACGCAGAGAGAGCAAAACAAAUCUCGAGAGAUUUCGGGUGACAGCUAGAACGUUAUUUUUAGAGGGGAUAUGUGCGGAUAGCAAGGUCAAUAAAAACUGGUUUCGCCCAGAUUUGAGUAUCAUUAAAUUCUUGUGAAGUUAAUUUUCAAGCAUAUUAUGAGAUUCAUUGGAUUUUAAGAAAUUAUAUUUGUUACAUUUUAAUCAGAUUAUUUUUAUCAUAAAAUAUAUUUUAUACAACAAAAGAGGAAACAUUUAAUAAUAGAAAUUACAUAUUUAGGUAUAUAAUAUAUAUAUAAUAAAUAAAAAUAAAAUCCGAUUAAAUUAUAAUUUCUUAAAAUCUAGUAUUCCUCACAAUAUUGUGAACAACACAAAGCAUACUUAUGGACAUUUGCCAUCAGCCGCACAUAUUGUUUUUUACGUGGGACAAAAUAUCGUUCAAGAUUAUUGCUAUUUCCACACUUCCACCUAGAGAGAUCAUAUUGUGCUCACACACUAUUUGUCUGUCUCGAUCGAGUCAACACUUGACCGAUUUUAUGCGGAGCAGUUUUUUGAACGCUUUCCUGAAGUCUAGGUUGAAGAUGGUGUAGAUGAUGGGGUUGAGAGCCGAGUUGAUGUAUCCGAGCCAAGUGACGAAGUUGAUGAGCUUCUCGCUGGGACAGCAGGUGGCGCAGAAUGGCAGGAUGACGUACAUGAGGAAGAAUGGCAGCCAGCAGACGACGAACACCCCCAUGAUGAUGCCAAGGGUGCGCGCCGCCCGCCGCUCCUUGGAAAGCGAAAUUCGUUGCUUCUCUUCGAUGAACUGGUAGACGGUAUUUUUGCGGGAAAGCACCGGCGACCGGCGGUGCGUGUUGAGCGGAGCCACAUCGGCGGUUGAGUCUGCGUCAACGCCGAUGGCUGAGAUCUCGUCGUUGGAAGACGCCGCCGCCGUCCGUCGGGCCCGUUCAACGGAACCCCUCUUUCGGCGGCGCCUUUUGCGUCGGUCAGUGUGGCCGUUCUCGUUCGGAUUGGCAGUUUCGCUUGAGAUGGACUCUGGGUCGUUGUUGGCCGCCGGUGCCGAAGACACCUGCUGCUGCUGAGGCUGGGGCGCCGCCGGCGGCGCCGACAGCACGACGUUCAGCUUGGAAGCGUUGGCGCGUUCGCGCAGGCGCCGUUUGGUCGCCACAAAGAUCUCCACGUAGACCAGGGUCAUGAUGAACAGCGGAAUGUAGAAGGAGCCCAACGAGGAGUA